AGUCCUGCGCUCUUUGAAGGGGGAAACACCCCCUCUCUCUUGACAUCACGGGGUCCGGCCCCCUGAAAGAUCCCCUCCCUCCGCUGUUCGUCUCCUCACUUGUGCUCCGGAAUGUCGAGCAGCAUCAGGAUAGUGGCGAAUAUGAUCUGAGGAACUUGUCUGGAUUGCGGCGGGUGAGGAAUGGCCGCCAUCAUGAACCCGCAGUUCCUGAAUUUCUGCUUCCCUGGCUCGGGAAUGGACGGGGGUCUCCUUGGUGAGCCGGAGAAGGAAGAAGACUACAAGGAGACCACUAAGGAGCUGCUGAGCUUCAUGGACUCAGCCUCCAGUAACAUCAAGCUGGCCUUGGACAAGCCGGUCAAGUCCAAGAGGAAAGUCAACCACCGCAAGUAUCUGCAGAAGCAGAUCAAGAGGUGCACUGGGAUCAUCAACGUCACCGAUGCGGGAGGGAAAGGCCCAGCGUCCUCGCCCCCGGCUGGCAAGACUGUCCCCAAGCGCGACGGCGUCCAGGUCAGCCUGCAGAACCGCAGUUUGGCUGCCCUCUUCAGCCCCACCACGGAAAUCCGUAGUGAGAAAGCCAGGAAGCCGCCCCUGCGCCAUCGCAACCUACCGCCUUCCUUCUUCACCGAGCCGGCCAACUGCUCCAAGAUCAACCCCGUGGCAGGAGUCUCGCUACGGGACCUGGAGCGAGCCAACCCAGAGGCGGCCGACUUCUUUGAACUUCUGGGACCUGAUUACAUCAGCUCGGCUGCCGAACAGGAACUCUACCAAAGUGUGCCUGGCCCAGACGGCGGUGCCGCCACCUCCUACGAUGGCCACCACUUCAUCGGGGGUCUCCUUUACCCUGAGUCGUGGACUAGCUGCUCGCCGCCGCUUGCCAGGAAGCUCCCAACGCCUGUCCAGCCCCCACUCUACUGCCACCCGGAGGCCGCCGCCCCAUUGGGCAUCGAGGAUAACGCGCUGUGCUCGUUAGCCUUCUCCAACUUUUUCACAGACUGCUCUGUACCUCAGGUCAACUACGAUAUAGGCGAUGACUACAACAGGACUCAAUAUUCAUCUCUUUAAGAAAAUACGGUAUUAUGGUAGAGGCGGUGGUCCUUGUUUUUUUGGCAGAAUUUUGUUAUGGCGGUGAAUUAGUCAGAACUAACCUACACUGAUGCAGAAUAUAAUUAGUCGGCAUUUGAAUGAAGAAGACUUUAGAUCCUAAAUAUAAAACAAUAAAAAUAAAAACGGUAAGCACAGGCUUAUUCGAUCCUUGAACAUGCAUGUGGAGGAGCCAUUGUAACGGCAGAACUCAGGAAUGAUUGAAGGGGUCUGAAGGUAAUUAAAAAAGUAGUGCACAGGGGCCUCGGUUUUCGAUGGAGUCACCUUCCUAGGGUGGUGAGGUAACUGUGCCACAGUCGGUCACUAACCCAGUAGUAAAGUUGCAUUUAAAGUCAGUCACCGUAAAAUAUAGCAAACGCUCCACUAGCUUAAGAGUUGUCAUGGCGGCUCAUAAACCAGGGCCAGCUAGGAUGGUGCUUGUCAUGUCCUAGUUGGGUCAUGUACUUGGAUUAGCUUUAGCAUAAGUGCUAGCAUUACAGUUAGGUGUACAAACUUUGCCGACACGAUCAGAUAAUGUUUAUAUCAAGACACAAAGUUACAAAAUCUUUCAAGAUACUAUAUUUAGUUAGCGGUUAGCAAGUACAGUCAUGAGCUGAAUUUUGUUUAGUUUUGGAGCUUCGAUGGCUAAUGAAGGCAUCCAAUUUCUUGUUCCCUGUGUCAAGACUUCCCAAAAAGUGCCAACUAAAGUAUUCUCGACUGUGACUUUAAUUGGUCGCAUGUUUGACAGUAGUCUGGAAAUAUUUGCUUGUUGCCCCUUGACAGAUUUAACACUCGGAAUUCAAUGGAAGAUAUUUCAUAAUUGGGCUGCAGAAGUCAGAUGCAAUCAAAUACCAUAAAUGUGUCUGCCAGUUUGACGAAGCACUGAUGCGGAACACUUUUAACUUUGCUUCAAGUUGUGACGAUCAACGUUAAGUAAAACAGGAAGAAUUGUGUUAAAUUCAUUUUUAAUCAAUUUUAAAUGCUGUACCAAGAUGAAAUAAAGCUGGUCUUUAUUGCUGUCAA